AGACAACCACUCCUGGCGAAAGCACGCUGCACGACAUCACAGCCAUUUUGCCGAGAUCAGUGAGAAGUUUUGUUUUGUCGCAUGUCAUUUUACUAACUCUGAGGCUUUAGGAAACGUUUGGAAACCAAGAUGUCGAUGGAGACGGUACCCAAGGAGAUGAGGAACCUGCGGGCUUGCCUGCUAUGUUCUCUGAUCAAGACCAUAGACCAGUUUGUAUUUGAUGGCUGUGACAACUGUGAACCAUACCUGCAGCUGAAAGGAAACAAGGACCUUGUCUACGACUGCACAAGCUCCAAUUUUGAUGGAGUUGUUUCCAUGAUGUCACCAGAUGACAGCUGGGUGGCCAAAUGGCAGAGGAUAAAUCGAUUCAAACCAGGUUGUUAUGCCAUAUCAACGACUGGUCGUCUCCCGCCAAGCAUCGUCCGAGAGCUCAAGACUCAUGGCAUCACUUACAGGUCCAGAGAUACCAGCCAGAAGACAUAAGACUAGCAACCACUCCUGUCAAAGAAAUAAGAUUAAAGGCGCAAGUUAUAUGGCAGAAAGAUUUUCACCCAUUUCAGUGUCUAUUAGGGACCUGAAAAUGUAUUGAGAACUUGUAGAUGACUCAUAUUUGUUCAGAAGGAAACAUGUGAACUGUGUAACUAUGUAGUAUUUAUGUUGUAACUGCUCUUAAAGCAUCAUACAUGUGACUGGGCCCUUUUGGUGUGGAAAAUAUGUACUGUAAUUGUGUGCAAAGCUCUGCUGUUGUCAGGCUUUGUUAUGUACUCUAAGUAAGGCAGUAAGACUAAGGUAAAUGUAGUCCUUGGCUUAUUUCAUUCCAUUUACAGUAGGUAACAGUAGAUGGUAGGUAAGAGAGAUUCUCUUCUGCUAUGUUUUUGUUAUUGUUGCUCAGGGGUAGAAAGAUUGACACAUAAGAUUUGAGAAGAUAGCAAGUACAGUCGAAGUAACUGUAAGUAAUAAAUCCAUCCAUACUGAGUGGCUGUGAGACUAAUCUAAAAUACAAAAUGUACCAGUCACAAAAUCAACAACACCACAGACAUUUUUGAUCGCACCUUUCAGUGGUUUAAUUAAUAAACUCUUUUGGGACUACAGGACAUCAUAUUUUGCUGUUCAUCUAUAUUGUUUGGCUGUUAUGCUGUCUUUCCUGAAAAAAUAUCCACAAGUAAUGUAUAAUAAUCACAUUUUCGUUCAUUUACAACUACUGUACACUUGUACAACUAUGUACAAAAAAGCUUUGGAAAUCAGAAAAA